UUGAACACAGCUUCCUUUACGUGGUGGGAACCGCUCGCCUGUUUUCGAGUCGAUCGUGUUUCGUCAUUGAUAUGGCAGGUUUUCUUUCUCCCCAGUAUCUGGGAUUCAUCAUACUCGCAGCACUACUCUUGCAGACCAUCGCCGUUGCUGUCAGUUUCGUGUACUUCAACAACGUAUUGAACACGAUGAAGGAGAAUUUCGCCCGGAGCAGUGUGUCUUGUCUAAUGAACGCCGCCGAUCUGCGCCCCAUGGUCGGUCUCAAAGACUCGACGGAGGAGCAAAAGAAGAGCGACCCCUGCUGGCAGGUCACGCAACAGCUUCACUACCGGAUAGAGAAGACCAUGGCCGAUACGCUCAAAGGGGGGAUAUCCACCGCUUUGAGAAACAGGCUGACGGGAGUGCCCCCUAUCCUGAACUCGGGGGUACGUGGGCCCCCUCUUCCCAAAGUUGCCGCCCAUGUGACCGGCAUCGUCUCCUCUCAAGAGCCUUCAGCAACAGACAACUCGCAGAGCGGCAACAACAGGUACCUGGGUGAGCGCAUCGCAGCUUGGGAGGGCCAAAGAGGCCUUUCCUUCCUACAGAACACGGAGCUGAAAGGCGGGGAGCUGCUGGUACCUCAGGCAGGACUAUACUACAUCUAUGCCCAGACGUACUUCAGACUCCCCCCAGCUGAGGAGACAAUGGGCGAGAGCGAGGAGAAAGGGGAAGAGGAGGAGGAGGAGGCCCAGCUUGUCCAGUACAUCUACAAGAAGAUGAGUUCCUACCCGGUACCGAUUCUGCUGAUGAAAUCAUCUCGGAGGGCCUGCUGGCCCCGGGGUCAGGAACCCGGCCUGUUUUCCCUACAUCAGGGUGGCACUGCCCGCCUGCAGCCUGCCGACCGCCUCUUCAUCACCGUCAGCAAUGCCAGCACCAUGGAGAUGGAUGGGAGGGCCAGCUACUUUGGGGCCUUCCUGGUGGGUUAAAGAGAAAAACUUGACUAUAGUCAUCUGGGCCGCUGCCUUACUGAAAAUGGAUAUUGAGAGAAAGGAACCCUGAGGUCCGGCGUUUUGCUUGACAGAAAUGCCUGGCUGAUCAUUGUGACUAAGAGGCUGGAUGUGUGGACUGUGAGGGGAGAGAAGCCUCUUGAGAAACGUGAAGCUGGAGAGACAUGGCUAAAUUGAACUAGAACGGCAUAUUCACUUUUUGCCGAACGCGGCAUAGAGGAUGAGCUGUUAACUGUGUUUUCUCCAGUUUGUUCCAAUUAUUCAUCACACAUCACAUUAGCCUCACACAAGAAAUUAAGUGUGGACGGGUAUCGCUACGAGCUAAAUAUCUGCUUAAGGCCAGCAAAUGGGACACAUGACCAAAUAAUUACUGUGGGAAGUUCCGACUAAAAGGGACGCGUGGAAGUGGUAUUAUAUUCAGGGCAUUCACUCCCAGUGUGAGCUGCUUUGCCUACAGGAGAUCUGGAGAGUCAGCAGUAAAGUGGAUGCCCUGUGAGAGACUGUGAUGUUGGAAACACAACUCUUGUUGUAGCUUUUAACUUCAGACAAGAGCGGGGUUUCUCGACUUCUUUUGGUUGUCCAGAUAAUGUGAAUCGAUCUUUGCUUUUAUACUCGUGUUUAUGGCAUUUACAAUGGAAUCCUGUCUUUGUGCAAUGUUUUUAAUGUGUUGUUUUAUGGGCCUCAUGACAUCUGGGGCACAUAAAGUAUUAUUAUUGGUUGAAUGGGCAGAGAAUGAACAUGAACAUAGUCCUCAGAACUGGGAGGUCAACCCAGAUUAAAUAAGUAAUGGAUGGACUGUCUCAAGCAUUGGUGGACCUCUUAGUUUCCUAUAUGGCACUUUGUAAAUUGGUUUUGAAUUUUUUUUUCUAAUAUUUACCAUGUAAUCCACCAUUCUGACAUGUUUAAUAGCCCCCAGUCCUGAAAUUCUUUACAGUACUGCUUUAACAGCAACACAGCUUUUUGCAAGCCUGAUCUUUUUGACUGAAGUUUCAGACUGGUUGCUGUUCAUUGUGACGUGUGUCACUAUAAUGCCUAGUAAUAUAAAAAAAUGAGCCAAAUUGUGCUUACAUUUAACCUUAAUAAUAUACAAUAUACUUCCUCAUAGGGUGAAAGGAUAGCAUUUUAUGGUGGUCAUUUCUAUCAGGAAAGAAUAUUUUUGGUUUUAUUUGUGCUAUUGCCAAACUUUAUAAAGUUGCCAGUUUCCAGGUCAAUGUUUCAUACCAUUUAAUUUUUAAACCUGCACAGGUAGAAAGCGUAUCUACUAUACACAAUGCUCUCUGACCCUGCUGUAUAUAGAAUACCAAUAUAUCCAAUUAUGGUUAUGUGCAAUUAGAUAUUAAACUCCACCACAGCUUUGUGUGUAGCCAACAGAAACACACAUUUAGGAUCGCUCAUUGAUAUAUGACCUCCAGGUACAGCUGAAUGAUAAGUUCAAACAAAAUUACCCCAAUGCUCGCUGUGCUUGCACAGCAGUAUCAUAAAUCAUCAGACCGGUGCCCACGCACAUAAAUGAA